CCCCAGCGUCUCUCCGCCCAGGGGAAAGACAGGAGGCAGACAGGAGGGACGUGGGGGGAAGGAAUUAAAAACACACACACACACACACAGAGGGAAGGAAGAGAAAAGAAAAAGGAGGGGAAACACGGGAACGGCGUUGACGAAGCGGCUGCCAUGGCGGCCAAAUCGGACGGCGUGCUGAAGAUGAAGAAGAGCGAUGUGGCGUUCACGCCCCUGCAGAACUCGGACCACUCGGGCUCGGUGCCGGGACUCGCGGCGGGAUCGAGACCGGGCUCGGGCAGCGGCGAGGCGGAUUUUACGCGCGGCGAGGCGCGCUGCUGCGGUCCCGAGGACUCGACGUGCCUGCGGCUCGGCGGCGAGAGGCGGAAGUGCGACGCCUGGGACGGUCUGUGGCUGGUGGCCGCGGCCACCGUGUACUUCGCCGACGUGGCCACGGACGUGUGGCUCGCCGUCGACUACUACCUGCGCAACGACUACUGGUGGUUCGGCCUGACGCUCUUCUUCGUAGCGCUCGGCUCCAUCUCCGUGCAGUUCUUCAGCUUCCGGUGGUUCGUGCACGACUUCAGCACCUCGGAGAGCGACGCCGCGGCCACCGACAGCAGCAGCAGCAGCACCAGGACUAACGAGAAGCGCUCGGCGCCGUGCGCCUUCUGCCUCUGGUUCCUACAGACCGUCAUUCACAUCCUGCAGCUCGGCCAGAUAUGGAGGUAUUUCCGCACCAUCUACCUGGGCAUCCGGAGCAGGCGCAGUGGCGAGAACGACCGCUGGAGGUUCUACUGGAGGAUGGUGUACGAGUACGCUGACGUCAGCAUGCUCCACCUGCUCGCCACCUUCCUGGAGAGUGCGCCUCAGCUCGUCCUGCAGCUCUGCAUCAUCAUCCAGACUCACAAGCUUCUGGCCGUGCAAGGAAUGACUGCCGCUGCCUCUCUGGUGUCCUUGGCUUGGGCUCUGGCGUCCUACCAGAAGGCUUUACGGGACUCACGUGACGACAAGAAGCCCGUCAGCUACCUGGCCGUCAUCAUUCAAUUCUGCUGGCACUUCUUCACCAUCGCGGCACGUGUCGUGACCUUUGCCCUGUUCGCCUCCGUGUUCCAGCUGUACUUCGGAAUUUUCAUCGUGCUACAUUGGUGCAUCAUGACCUUCUGGAUCGUGCACUGCGAGACCGAGUUCUGCGUCACCAAGUGGGAGGAGAUUGUCUUUGACAUGGUGGUGGGGAUCAUCUACAUCUUCAGCUGGUUCAACGUGAAGGAGGGCCGCACGCGCUGCCGCCUCUUCAUCUACUACUUGGUCAUCUUGUUGGAAAACGCAGCGCUCAGCGCGCUCUGGUAUCUGUACCGCUCACCGCUGGGCACCGACGCCUUCGCUGUUCCUGCCCUGUGCGUCAUCUUUUCCAGCUUCUUCACAGGAAUCGUCUUCAUGCUCAUGUACUACGCUUUCUUCCAUCCUAACGGGCCGCGAUUUGGACGCUCGGCCAGCCUGAGCCAGCUGGACGAUACCAACGUCACUACCGGCUUCGCCAUGCCAACCGAAGGUGCCACCAAUUCCCUUCGCUCCAACAGGGGUGGCACGCUGGCAAGGGACGCUGAUCGCGAUGCUAAGUACACCGAGCGAGACGGAUGCGCUCCUGUUUUUCAAGUUCGUCCCACAGCUCCGUCCACGCCAUCCUCUCGCACCCAUCGCGUGGACGAAACCGUGAUCAGAAUAGACGUAUGCAGGAACCGAUACCCAGCCUGGGAAAGGCACGUGCUGGACCGCGGCAUACGCAGAGCCAUCUUGGCUAUCGCUAACUCGCCCACGCCACCUCGACUGCAGUACAAGGACGACAUGCUCGUCCAGGAGCGGCUGGAGUACGAGACCACGUUGUAGCUCACCCACUUUUCCACAGCUUGGUACGUGGAAUCUUAUAGGUUAUCAUCCAUUAACAGCAGGACUGUGGCAAUAACAUGACUAGCGGAGCGGGACUGUCAAGCCCAUAGCAUUUAGCCAUGAUAUUGAUUGUCAUGGACGGAAGGAAGAAUUUUAAAAAAAAAAGUGGAGAAAAAGAAAAAAAAACGACAGCAAAAAAAAACAAGAAAAAAAUAUAAACACAAACAAAUAGGCACAACAUGUUCACUGGUGUAAGGAUUGGUAUUUUUUUAGUCUUUUUUUUUUUCUUCAUUGAUUCAGGUUUUCUCAAUUUUUUUUUUUUUUUUUACUUAUCAGGGAAUAUGUCCCCCCCCCCCC